CAAUCACAACAGAGGCAUUACUACUGUUUUAUAGCUGCCCUACCCGUAUAACGAAAACCACGAAAAAAUGAUGAACGGUAAACAGUUUUUCCCAAAAAGCGCUGAUAAAAAUCACUCAUCAAGCGAGAUGGUAAACAAUUUCCAAUCUUUGGAAAGAUACAACUGGCUCAUGCAUAUGUUUCAUGUAAAUGGCGAAAUGGACAGAUGCAAAGAACUGAUAAAGAAGGAAAUAGCGCGUAGCAAUGGAAAAAAUGAAGUCGCGUUUUACAAACAGGGCGAGAUCUUGAAGGAAGAAGGUAAACUCCAAGAAGCGCUCGAAUCAUUUCAAACUUGUUUGAAACUGAAUCCUGAAAGUGUGGAUAACAUGAAAGAAGUAGCUAAAUGUUUGUUAGAAAUGAAACGGUACAAAUUAGCAGCGGACGUGUAUCUGCAGGCUGAAAGGAAUUCCAAAAGCUCAGACUGGCAAAUUUAUUUCUAUUCAGCUCAGUGCCACUUGAAACUUGGAGAUAUCCCGAAAGCGAAGGCGUAUGCUCAAAAAGCGGUCCAAAUGGAGAAAGAUGAAAUGUGUUAUGCUCUACUGUUGAAAGUUUUAACUCAGGAGGGUGAUUUGAAGGCUGCUAUUGACGUUUCGGAUAGUGCAGUUAUGUCUUGUCCUGACAGUAUCAAUUUGCUAACAGAAUCAGGACUAUUGAACCUAAAAGCGGGACAAACUCAACAAGCGUUUGAAAGACUGAGUGCGACGUUAGCGUUAGAACCUACUUGUGUCAAGGCAUUGCUCGCCCUUGGAUACGUCACCCAAAAGCACGAAGAGUACGACGUGGCUCUGAGCAAGUACAAAAUGGCGGUGAAUUAUGAACCGGACUCGGUUGCGUUGUGGAACAAUAUCGGGAUGUGCUUUUACGGGAAGCAGAAAUACGUGGCGGCCAUAAGUUGCUUGAAGAAGGCACUUUGGGCUCAACCGCUGAACUGGCGUAUUUUGUACAAUUUGAGCAUGGCUCAUUUGGCAACGAAACAACCGGCUUCAGCGUUCAACUAUGCGUGCGCAGCUGUAAAUUUGAGACCUAACGUUGCCGACUGUUUUGCUCUACUCGCCUACACGUUGAUGGAGCUUCACGAUCCUUACAAUGCCUCUUUGGCCAUGCAGCAAGCGGUACAGAGGUCGCCGUCAGACCCCAUUUUGCUCAUCAACGCUGCAAUCUGUUACUUUGACGCAGGAGAAAGAGACAAGGCUACAGAAAUGCUCGCGAAGUUCGAAAAUGCCGUGGAGGCUGGCACUGAAGGCACUCAAGAAAUCAUAGAUGCAUUGAACCUCGCCGAGCGGCUGUCAUCUCGACUAAAGCCGGAGAAACUUCGUACCGGAAGCGUUGAAGCGGGGAUGGCCGAUGACAAGCCGGCUUCCGGAAAUUCCAGGGAAAAUAAUCCCGCAAAGGCUGCGCUGCCAAGAGAAUUGCAGGAAGAUGAAGUUUGAGUUACAUUGACCAAAGAAGAUAAAAUACUUAUUGUUUGUACUUUGUUUUUACGUGAAUAG